UAACACUAACUUUUACCCGCAACUUGGUCUACGUUAAGCAUAUUUAUAUAGCGCUCCUUCGGGAACUCUUAAAAGUCAGAUGUCACGUUGUGUGUGAAAAAUGUGGAACGUCUCAAUGAAUAUUUAUUUUUUUAAUGAAUAUAAAUGCAUCGGGAUUACCAAAUUAAUUUAAAAUAAAUAGGAAAACCUAAUAAAUGAUUUUUUUGAUGUUGUAAUGAAACGAAAUAGAGAGAAAACAUAUAAAAGUGUAAAAUAAGACGUAAUAUAAAAGAAGCAUAGCUGAAGAAUGAAAAAAAUCUUUUUCCCAUUUUUAUAAAUACUUAUAAAGAAGAAAAGGUGUUUUUUCUGAUAGGUACCUAUACAGGAAGGUACCUUUACCUACGUACCUAAUUGAAUUUACGGAACCGUCGGUAGGCGAGUCCGAACGAACUUGGCCAGAUUUUUAUUUUUAUUUUAGGUUUAUUUAAAUAAUUCAUAAUAAUAAUUUCAAUUUAAUAGUUCACAAUCAGCAUAAAUAUUUCAUUAGUUUACGUAUUGCAUUAAGAAUAUUACCAGUUGGAGGCUCUUUUGCACAGGAUGCCGGCGAGAUUAUGGGUACAACAACCGCGCCUAUUUCUGCCUUUACAUUAUUACACAUUAAUGUGUUUCGGUCUGAAUGGCACCGUAACUAGUGAAAUUACUGUGCAAAUGACACUUAACAUUGCCACUCAGAAUUUUUGAGUUUUUCAAGAAUCCCGAGUGGCAUUGUAAUGGGAAGAGCGUAUCAAUUACCAUCAGCUGAACGUCCUGCUCAUCUCGUGCCUUACUGUCAUAAAAAAAGAAUGAACGAAAAACGUCAAUCGAAACAGACGUUCGGUCAUAAAAUGUAGUACUAUGUCGGAAACUCAGACGUAUAUUCUUAUCGAAGAUCAAUUAAACCGUGGCCGAGUAGUACACACGCAAACACACUACUACGAAUAAAUUCAGUCAUGAUUCUAUAUAUAAACCUACCGCAGUUUUUCUCUGUUCAACAUUUCCUUAUUUCUGAUUGUGAUGUAAGUGUGCUUUUAUCAGUCAUCCCGAAUAUAUUCUGUGGAUUUUUAAUUACAAGGAAGUACCGGAAGGUCCGGAGUUGAUGCAACAGCGGGUGAUGUUCCGCCGGUGCUACAUAUAAAUACAUACGGGCAGCGCUCCUGUUAAGACAACUCGUUGAAACCGCGCAGAGAGUGGUUACAUAUCGCACGCGCACGGGACUAUAAUUCAAUUUAAAAAAAAACACACAAAAUAUCUCAUAUAUACAAUGAAUAAUGCGGAGUUAUAUCAAAGGAGUAAUACCUUACAGAAACGCGACGCCUUGGACUGUCUGGAGGAAUAUAAAAAGAAACUCAAUUGGAAAAAUUAUGAAACUGUUAUUGAUAUCGGAUGCGGGGAUGGCAGUGUUACAACUGGAAUACUCCGAAAGUUUUUGCCAAACGAUUUCAAGCAAUUAAUCGGUUGUGAUAUAAGCGAUAAAAUGAUAGAUUACGCGAAUAUGAAGCACACUUCUGACUAUGUUAAGUUCAUUGUGAUGGACAUAGCGGGAAAUUUGCCGGAUGAUAUGAAGGGUGUGUUUAACCACGCGUUUUCCUUCUAUACGCUGCAUUGGAUAAAACAACAAGAAGUGACUUUUAGAAAUAUUUUCAAAUUACUAGCUGAGGGUGGGGACUGUCUUCUUGUUUUCUUGGGUCAUAUGCCAGUCUUUGAUGUAUACAGGAUUUUAGCGAGAAGUCAUAGAUGGCGUUACUGGCUAAAAGAUGUUGAUAAAUUCAUAUCGCCGUACCAUGAUUCUCAGGAUCCAGAGAAAGAAAUACGACGGAUGAUGUGCAAGAUUGGUUUUUCCAGCGUGGAAGUACAGUGCCGGGCCAAGUCGUUUAUAUAUAACGGAUUAGAUGCCCUAAAAAGAGCUGUGAAAGCUGUAAAUCCCUUCAAUUUACCUGAAGACUGUCUCGAUGAGUUUUUAGAAGACUAUGUCAGCGUCGUGCGAGAUAUGAAACUCAUAGAGAAUGAUGACAAUGUAGAAUCUUCUGUGAAAGUUAACACUAACUAUAAUCUCAUCACUGUUUACGGUGUUAAACGGACCACAUUAAUUACUUAAUUAAGACUAACCUUUAAUUAAUAAGCAUUAAUUUAAUCUUCAACUCUCAAUACAUUUAUGAUAAUUUUUGACUGAUUUAAUUUAUUAUAGAUAGUUUAAUUUGGUUUUGAGAGUAAGAAAAUAUGUAUGUUCUAUUAAGUAAGUUAUAGAUUAGUCAAAUUUUUAUUUACUUGAUCCAAAUAUUAUUAUUUAUUUAUUUAUCUUGCAAAUUUUAAAUGUAAGUACUUUUUGAUGAAUACUUACCGUCGUAUUCAUAAUAAAACGCUUAUGACGGUAUAAUAAGCCUAUAUUCACGGACGAGUAAAAAAAGAAGGACUCCGCGCCGUGAUAUUAGCAAGUGAAGCACCGUUAUGCUAGUGUGUGUGCGGUUACGGGGGAUACUAGUAACACAAUUUUUUCUCCCUUAAAUAAUCAUAUAUGGCCACAGAUACUUAUAUAGUAUCGUUUUUACACUUUUUCACAACGCACGACGUCAUUUUUAAAAUAUUUUAUUGAGACGUCACAAACUGAUCUGUCACAGACGAUGACAAUUCUCAUAAUGGCCACCUAUCGGCCUGUAGUGUAAGUAGUAAGUGUGUGCGUGGGGCUAUGUAUUUACACGUUAAUCGGGUUGUUUUGGUGCUACACUGUUAUGUAAGGUGACACGGAGUCCUUAUUUUUUAACUAGUCCAUGCCUAUAUUAGAACUGUGUGUAUAUGUUUUAAGCCCAUCGAAUGUUCGAUAAAAUUCUUUAGUCAUAAUUGUUUCUUAAGCCAUAGACAAAUCACAAUGUCAGAUAGCUGUCAGACAGAUAAAUUGUCAAAAAUGUAAAUUUAAAUAUGGAGGGUAGUGUUUAUGAAAAAGUUUCCGUCAAAAUGCGUUUAAUUAGGACGGCGCUACAUUAGAAUCAGGGUGGAUCUUAAAAAAGCGCCAAAUAUAAAAUCACUCUAUGUGAACGUUUCCCUAUAAUAAUUCUUUAAGGUUAUAUUUACUACAUUAUUUUGUACAACGAUUUUUUCAAUAAGUUACUACUUUAGUAGGCAAUAAUAUUAUUAUUUUUUUAAUUGGCAUACUUCUUUUCGUUUACAAUAGCUACAUUCAUACAUACUUCAUACCAUACCCUGUGCCUACACCAGCGCCACUGUGGAAGCAUUUUGAACUAUUAUUUACAACAUAAGCUGGACACUUUUUAACUUUUCUCCCAUGUGCGAUGAUUCUCGUUGCCUCUGCCCUCCAUAAAUUUAAAGCAAAGAAUUUAUUAAAUAAACGCGGUAAACUUUUAAUUAUAUUAUGCUGGAGCAAUAUGGGAAUAGUAUUUCCAAUGUUAUAAAUGUGUUAUGAAUAUCUAUUCGUUCGGUUCAUAUUUGCGACUUUAUUUAAAGCGAUUGAAUCGAUAAGUUCAGAUUUAUCGAAUUUCUUUUAAAAAUUAAUUCUCAUCGCUCGAUUUGAGAAUUUUUAUUAGACGUUGAGCCUAAUGUGCACCUAGCUUAAUAUUAUAAGCUGACUGACAUUGAAAAUCAAACGUCAAAAUAUAGGAAACAGCUGACCAGCAUCGGCCAUAUCUUUUUUGCUAACGAGGACUUUUAAAAUAGUAGUCAAAUCUUUAUCGAAGAGAAAAUGCCAUUCCAUGCUAUUUAUUAAUAAAAUCAACGAUUUAAAAGACUGCAUUACAAUAAAUAUAAUAUUAUGGACACUGUUAUUUGAAGUUAAAAAGAGAGAACAUAAUAUAAAAUACGUCUAUUUAUUGUUUGUAGAAAAUGUUCAGUAUUGCAAAAACCCCUUUAGAUAAUAUUAUAGUACCAAAUAAGUUAUUAUUCGAAAUUAUAGAAAUUAUUUAUGAAAUGACUAAAACAUGUAUUACAUAAUAGCAUAAUAUGGAUAUUUUGGUCAUACAAUAGUAAGUAAAAUUAGAAAAAUAAAUAGUCAAUAACCCGGU